AUGAGCGCAUCAACAAGUCGCGAGACGGCCGUGUCUGCGCCGGGCAAGGUACUCAUAGCUGGCGGCUACCUCGUACUCGAUCCGGCGUAUCCUGGUCUGGUCGUCUCAACAUCGUCCCGCUUCUACUGCCAUGCACGAUCAGAGACCUCGCUAAACCCUGCAAGCGACUCGAGCACAACGAACUGCACUAUUACCGUGCGCUCACCUCAAUUUGUCGACGCAGUAUGGGUCUACCUUGCCUCAUGUGUGCCCGCGGCCGCAUCCAAGAGCAGCGGUGCUAAGCCGCAGUGGAUUAUCGAGCAGACCGCCGAGUCACGCGAAAAGGCUGGACGCAAUCCUUUUGUCUCCCUCGCUCUCGCUUACACUCUGAGACUCGCAGCAGAGCUCACAGAACCAGACGAGCUAGAGUCUCUCUUCCAAAAGACAGGAUCAAAGGGUAUCGAGAUCACAGUAGCAGCGGACAACGACUUUUACUCGCAAAGAGAGACCCUCAACCUUCCGGAAGGCACAGCCCCAACGGUGGAUCAGCUUUCGAGCCUGUCGCCUUUCUCGCCCCAGAAAUGCCGUAUCGGUGAUGUGCAUAAAACCGGAUUAGGAUCGAGUGCGGCUAUGACCACUUCGCUUGUAGCGUGCUUCCUGCUUCACUUGCAAGCCGUCGUCCCGAAGGGUCCCAAAACGCUGGAAACGGAAGAUCUAGCUCUGAUACACAAUCUUGCACAACUUGCACACUGCGCGGCUCAGGGAAAGAUCGGCUCUGGCUUUGACGUCAGCGCUGCCAUGUGGGGAAGUCAACUGUACCGACGCUUCGAGCCAAAGGUCUUGCAAGCGUGCCUAGAUGAAGGCGAGAAGGUGUUUACCCAAGGAGAGGAAUCGAGCGAGCAGCGCGAAGCGAGACUGGCGGCACGGAUCGAGCUGCUUCCUGUUCUGGAUCCAUACAAUCCGCUGUGGAAGGCUUCUCCUUUGUCAGAGGGUGGCAACUCAUACUCGACCGCAACGGAAGGGCUUGCAACCUCAAACAAUGACGCAGUUCCGACACCUGCCCCGCUACAGCUCCCACCUGGCCUGGACCUCCUGCUAGCCGAUGUGGAUGCCGGGUCCAACACUCCAAGCUUGGUGUCCAAGGUGCUUGCAUGGAGGAAAGACAAGCCCGAAUGGGCCAAGCAGCUGUACAACGUCAUCGCCGCUUCGAAUCAGGGCCUCGCCGACAAUCUGCUGCGGUUGCGACUGCUGCAUGCAUCCGACGCCGCUGCUUACGAUCAGCACGUGGACUCAGCAGCGGCACAGCAUUCUAUCGAAUGGGAUGCCGUACUCAAGACGCUCCCCAAAGAUGCUGACGACGAACAAGCCGAAGCAGAUACCAGCAUCGUCGACUUGCGCGUCACACCAAGGACGGUACUGCAAGCUCUGAUCGACGUACGCAACAGCCUUCGCUCCAUCCGUGCUGGCAUGCGCGAAUUGGGUCAACGAGCCGGCGUUCCCAUCGAGCCACCCGAGAUCGGCAGCUUGAUCAAGAAGAUCAGCGACGAGGUGCCCGGUGUGGUCGGCGGCAGCAUCCCAGGUGCGGGCGGAUUUGAUGCUUUCUACGUGAUCUACCUGCGCAGUUCGAAGAGUCCGCGCGACCUCUCACAGCUGUGGGGUCAGAUUCAUGCGGUCAAGGAGAAAGCAGAGUCGCAGCUGACGCUCGGACCGCUGUUGUCGCGAGCAGGAGGGGCAAAGACGACGUCGGACAGCAAGGAGGGCGAUGCUGAGAGGGAACAAGGAGUUGUUUCGGAGCUGCUGGAGAAAUUGAAGGCGUCGGAGAACGCUGGACAGGACUACGGAUUGCGGCUUGAGAGCACGGAGGGCGUGAAGGGUUUGAAGGAAGCGAUUGCGCGAUGUGCGUGA